AUGGACGCCUCCAAGUACGAUAUCACGCCGGAGAAGGAGGCGAGCCCCGGGCAGUAUUUUUAUCGGCAGUUCUUCGUCAAGACGGAGCCCGUUAACAGAGGCCAAGCCGACCUGACGGGGAAGACGGCCAUCGUCACCGGGUCCAAUGUCGGGCUGGGGCUGGAGGCAUCGCGCCAGCUCCUGGACCUGGGACUAAGCACACUCGUCCUCGCAGUCCGUAGCGAGCCAAAGGGCGAGGCCGCGCGAAAGAGCCUACUCUCGGCCCGGACCGGCGAUGCUCCCCAGAUCGAGGUCUGGUCUUUGGACCUGGCAUCCUACGAGUCCAUCACUCAAUUCGCGGAGCGGGCCAAGGCCCUGGCGCGCCUCGACCUUGUCAUCCUGAACGCUGGCAUCUUCAAAGCCGAGGAGGAGUUUCACCCUACAACUGGCUUCGAGAUGGACGUCCAGAUCAACUACUUAUCCAAUGCCCUGCUGUCAAUCUUACUGCUGCCCGCCCUCAAGAAGUCGCCAGGGCACCCGGGGCGCCUCGUCUUUGUUUCCUCCGACAUGGCCGGGUGGUUUCCCCUCACCUCUGCCUCGUCCGAUUUAAUCCUGCCCGUCUUCAAAGAGAAGGCCAAGGCCUGGAAUUUGGCAGCGCGCUAUGGAGAGUCCAAGCUGCUUGGACACCUAUUCCUAACCGAGCUGGCGCAGCGCGUGCCCUCGUCGGUGGUCGUCAUCAAUGCGGUCAAUCCAGGCUUCUGCUACGGCACGGCUCUGCAGCGAGAAGGGGAGGGCAAGAUUGCCGGUGCCCUCUUCCGUGGCUGGACACGCAUCGUGGGCAAGCCCCAUGAUGUAUGCGCUCGCGUCAUCGUCCAUGCUGCGGCCAGGUUUGGCGACGAGGUGCAUGGCGAGUAUGUCGAAGAAGGCAAGAUACGGCCCAAAGCACCGAUAGUAUACAAGCCCGAGGGCCAGGCCAUUGCUAAGAAACUAUGGGAUGAGACGAUGAAGGAAUUUUCCUUUGCAAAUCCAAUAGCAGAUUUCUUGAGGGAUCCGUCCCUCUCCUGCCGCGGCCUGUCUGUUCCCAUCGUGUCAAGGGAGUUGGGCGCGAUACUGUCGCCUGGUUCGGUCAUCUUUGGGCCAGAGAACGAUGCCUACGCUGAAGCCACCGACCGCUGGAACCUUGCUGCACUGCCCACCAUCGAGAUAGUGGUGCAGCCAGCCAGUGAGGCAGACGUGCCCAAGAUCGUUACCUACUGUAACAAGAACAGCAUCAAUUUCUUAACUGUCAACAGGGGUCAUGGAUCGACCACCACAAUUGCCAGGUUCAAGGGCCUGCAGCUCGACAUGACACUUCUCAAUGCCAUCACCAUCGAUCCCAGCGGCAAGACUGCAUUAUUUCAAGGCGGUGUCUAUGGUCGGCAAAUCAUUGAUACAUUGUGGGAUAAGGGUUAUAUCGCUGUGACUGGUAGCCACGGUUGCGUUGGUUUCUUCGGCCCUGGUCUGGGUGGCGGUCAUGGCCGCCUGGAGGGAACCCGCGGCCUGAUUGCCGACAAUAUCCUCACCUUUAAUGUCGUCUUGGCUGAUGGCAAGGCCAUCAAAGUCAGUAAAACGUCCAAUCAGGAUCUCUUCUGGGCCCUCAAGGGCGCUGGCCACAACUUUGGCAUCGUGACCAGCGCCGAGGUGGCCAUCUUCCCCCGCGGGCCUGACACGUGGCACUUCCAUAAUUACAUUUGGGCCCAGGACAAGCUCGAGACAGUCUUUGAGACGCUCAACCGCUUCCACGACAACGGCAACACUCCUCCGCUGAUGGCUGUCAACUUUGGCCAGGUGUCUAUCAUUCCAGCAAUCAGUAAAACCGAGGCCGUCAUUUUCUGGACCUUUGCAUACAGUGGCCCUGCAGCGGACGCUGAAGCCCUUCUGCAGCCGUUCAAUGCCAUCGGAGCCAUCAGCGAGGAGUCGGGUGAUGUUCCAUACCCGUCCCUCCUUGCCAUUCAAGGAACCGACGUCUCUAGCGACUCCUGCCUAUCAUCCCCUUUGAAGGGCUCGGUCGCCGGCCUUGCGGUUUACAAUGCAACCGUGGAGCGCCAAAACUACAUCGAGUACAAUAAAAAGAUCGCCGAGUACCCCGAGUUUGCGCUUGGCUCUCGCCUCUACUACGAGGGCUACGCGAAUAAGGCGGCCAAAGAGGUCAACCCUGCCUCUACUGCCUACGCCCAGCGCGAUGACAAUCAUGUCGUGUUUUUCUCGACCGUCUUCAGGCCUGGCCUGGAAGUCCCGGCUCAGGAGUGGGCAAACAAUGUUAGAGACCGCUGGAACGCUGGGCAGCCAAGCCGCAAGCCGACGGCAUACCUCAACUACGCCAUUGGCGAUGAGCCUCUGGAGGCCCUCUAUGGAUAUGAGCCAUGGCGUCUGGCGACGCUUCGUGCGCUCAAGGCUAAAUACGACCCAAAGAAUCGCUUCCCGACCAUGCCAUCUGAGCUUGAAAGCGAGGCCGCCUUUGAAGGAACUUUCCUUGGAUUUUUAAGGCGGCAGUUCACAUCAGCCAAACCAUUGCCACAAGGUAUCAACUUGACAGACCACACCGCAAUUGUCACCGGUAGCAAUGUCGGCCUUGGAUUGUCUGCCUGUAGGCAGCUACUUAAACUACAGCUUUCUCAUCUCAUAUUGGGUGUACGCACUGAAGCUAGAGGGCAUGACGCUGCGGAGAAGCUGCAAAAGGAAUUCCCGUCUGCCAGCAUAACUGUCUGGGCCGUCGAUUUGGAAUCGUAUGCCUCCAUCCACACCUUCACAGACAAGUGUGCAGCUCUUCCACGGAUCGACUUUGCAAUAUUGAACGCUGGGCUCUUCAAAUCUAGUUAUGCUACCGUUCCUGCCACGGAUCACGAAGUCACAUUGCAGGUGAAUUACCUUUCCACGGCACUUCUAGGAAUCCUUUUGCUCCCAAUCUUGAGAUCGAAGAAGAGGGUGGGCGCGCCCAAACCUCCCGUCUUGAGUUUUGUCGGAUCAGACAUGAUAUACCAAACCGACAUGAACAGUACUGGAUCUAUUCUACAAGAAUUCAAUAGGCCACACGGCUUUUCCUCAUUCCCAUGGUACAGCAGGUCAAAGCUCCUCCAGGCCUUUUUUGUUUCAGAGCUUGCGAAGCAUGUUGAUCCGAACGAGGUUGUGGUCAACCUCGUCAAUCCUGGCAUGACGAGGCAAACCGCUUUCUUCCGCGAGAAAUCUAUAUUUUACAAUAUGACAAUGGGCAUCGCCCAGUUCGUCCUCGCAAGAAAGGUGGAUGUUGCUGCCGGAACAUAUCUUGAUGCAAUUUUAGUGCAAGGCAAGCCAAGUCACGGCUCCUUUAUUAGUGAAUGGACCAUCAAGCCUUAUCCGAAGCUGUGGUAUACUCCCGAGGGACGGGAAAUUCAAUUGAAACUAUGGCAGGAGACUAUGGAGGAAUUCAAUUUUGCAGAAGCGUCCAGGAUCAUUAAAAGCCUAGAACGUGCACAGGACAGCCCUGGUCAAGUCUCCUGA